AUGAAUAAGUUGGUUUUAUUAAUCCUUGCCUUGUGCAUCACCUUCGUUUUUGCAGUACCAAAAUUGUCAGGCCCUUUCCCGAAUAAUCGUAGAAAACCUGUACUAUCUGCUCGACAAAACUUCUGCGAGGCUGGAAAUGGAUUUCAUGCUGACAAACUUCGAAAAAUAAAAGAAACUCGUAUUUUUCCAUCUGACAACAGCUAUUAUUGCUACUUGGGUUGCUUUUGUACUGAAACAAAAUCUAUAAUGACAGGUGAUAAAUUUCUCAGUGAAAAAUAUAUAGAUAUCGCUCUCACUCGAACACUCUCUCAACAGGAUUCAGAUAAUCUUAUUAGUAAAUGCAAACAUGUGAAAGUUGCAAAAGAUGUAUGCGAAGCUGGGAAAACAAUUCAUAAUUGUUUUGCUGCACAAAAAAUUAUCUAG